AUGAAUCCGACAGUGUAUCAAUUCCAGAUCCCAAGUUAUGGUGUAUCUUAUGACAAUAUUCUGGCAGAAAUUCAUCUUAGCAGUCAACACAAUUGCCACACCAGCCCACAAUUCAACACGUAUAACUGCCAAGGGUUGAAUUCAAACCAGCAAGAGCAGACUGUCUGUAACCAAUCAUCAAACUUACUCUAUGGCUAUUCACCACCUCUUAUACCUACUCAAAAAGCUACCCAAACAUCUUCUUUUUUCCCAGAUGUCAACUUUGAGCUUAACAAUGAUGAGGCUCUGUGCAACACCACGUCAAUCCAGCACAUUCUGUCUAUUAAUCGUGUAACUUUAGACAAGUGCCCUUUUUGUUCAUACAAGGUUAAUAUCCAGAAAAUAUAUAAUCAAAUGUCACCAUCCCACCCCACAAAUGAGAAAACAUUAUAUCAUAUUAUGGAUCAAUUCAAUCAGCAUGACUGUCCGGCUCAAGCUCAAUACAAGGCUAAACAUAUAAUCCAGUCAGAAUUGUGUGCCCAUUCAACUUCUAAAGUCGUACCUAGCAUUCUCAAGCCUCAACAGUUCGUCUUUUUUAAUACUUUCCUUGAAAGCUUCACUAGAAAGCUUUUCCCUGUUGUAUUGCUACCCUCGGGCAGUACCCCAGUACUUAGCAACCUCCGUACCUCAGCCUACGCCAAGGUACGAAUGCCGACAUCAAUCUCUGCAAGACACUUUCUUCGACAAAGUAACCCAGCCACCGUUAAUUCCACCCAAAUACGAAUUCAUUCCUUUAUAGACCGCCGUUGGCUUACAGAUAGACGAGCUAUCCGGUCAAUUUAA